ACUCUCCCACUUGCUCCCACUCUUCUUGAUAAAAUAACAAGUCACCUGUUUUGUUGUGACUUAUUUGAAAAUGUACAUAUAAUCACAUGCCAUAUUUGUAAAUGACUAGAAAUUAAAUAUUAACUCAGCUAUUUUAUUUUCUCAACCAAUGAUAUUUCACCGAAUCAUUAUCAUGUCAUGUCAAUAAACCCUCAAAAUUCCUUUCACUGAUAAAAAAUAUCUCAAAUGUCAUAAGCCUAUUUAAAAUUAUACUAAAUAAAUUUCAAUUAUUAAAAACGUAAGAAAAAAAGUUUAUCAAUAUAAAAUAAUAAUUUAAAAAUUAUAAAAUGAAUUCCGCGAGUAAAUACAUACGCUUAUCAACUGGAUUUAAUAUGCCUCUUGUUGGAAUUGGGACUUACAAAACUACUGGCAGAGAAAAGAUAUUUAAUGUUCUUGAUGAAGCCUUGGGUGUUGGUUACCAUAGCAUUGACACAGCAGCUGUUUACAGGAAUGAAGAGGAUAUAGGUUAUGCAUUAAAAACUCUAUUAAAUAAAUACGCUCUUGAAAGAGACGAUAUUUUUAUAACCACUAAACUAGCUCCGAGUGAUAAUGGAAACCCUCAGCGGAUUCGAAAAGCUGUAGAAACAUCUCUGAAAGCUUUGGGAACGUCUUACAUCGACUUGUACUUGGUUCACUGGCCAGGUACCGGAGGAAUACCUGAAGAUUCUAUAGAAAAUAUUAAAUUGAGAUCCAUUACUUGGCAAACAUUAAUUGAUUUGAAGUCUCAGGGAUUUUUAAGGUCUAUCGGUGUAUCUAAUUACACUAUUAAACAUUUGCAGUUGUUAUUGCAAGAUUGCCACGGUGAAAGUCCUGCUGUGAAUCAAGUAGGUUUUUUUUUAUUUUUAUUUAAGGAAAUGAUUUAUAGAGUUUUAUUGUUUAAGGUCGAGUGUCAUCCGCACUACAGACAAGGGAAAUUACUCGAAUUUUGCAAAAAAGAAGGGAUUCACGUUCAAGCUUACUCAUCUCUGGGAACAAGUAAUGAAACAACUUUGCUAAAAGAUCCAAUUGUCUGUAGAGUUGCUGAAGAAUUAAACGUCUCGCCUGCUAGGGUUUUACUAAAGUGGGCACUUCAACAAGGAAUCGGAAUAAUACCUAAAGCAACGUCAAAAGAACAUAUCCAUGAUAAUUUCAAACUAGACUUUACAAUCAAUGAAACUCAAAUGAAAGCUCUGUGCUCAUUGCCGCAAAGAAAAUACGCUUGGAGCCCAGACAACGUUGUCUAA